AUGAGAAGCUGGAGAGCCUGGACCAUUGUCCUCAUCCUCAGCUUUAUCGUACUCAAUAUAUUCUUCUUUUGGAAGCAAUAUCCAUGCACAAAUCCAAGAUUUUGUAGUAUCAGUGAAGAGGCAAAGGACAAUUUAGAUUCAUUUGAGCCGCCUCCCUUCAAUCCAAACACAGGUGCUGAUAGUCAUCCACCACCACCUCCUCCUCCACCACCACCACCACCACCUCCACCUGCUCAACCCAACAUAGGCAUCAGUCCUAUCGCGGAAGCCAAGUUGACUGAACAUGUGGGCAUCAACCCUCAGCCCCUCGAUGAGCCAGACACUCACUAUCCAGAUACCCACGCCAAAUCCAGUCAGGAUCUCGAUACAAUUGCACCUACUGCAGAUAAAACAACUUACCGUUUAACACCAGAGGGUUUGAAAUACGCUCAAUCAGGAGACUUAUGGCAAUUUGGUGUUAUUAACACAAAACCUGAUGUCCUUGUUGUCUCCAAUACAAACUACCCUGAUGUCAAUAACCACUAUCACCGCGAGUUCAGAAUCUACACUCUCAUGAAGUGGAUUCUGCGUGUGCAUCGCCGCGACCCCGAGAGAACGGCCCCACUCGUCAUGGUGGAUGCUGGCUCAAAUCAUGGUCUUUUCUCGCUCGUUGCUGGUGCUAGUGGUGCUCACACGAUUGCUUUUGAACCUCAAACACAUUUGCGAAGUGUUAUUAAUAUGGCCGGCAGACUAAACCAACUCUCUCAACGCCUUCGUGUGCUUCCAUUUGCUGUAUUGGACCAAUUCAAGAAACUCGCCAUGGAAAAGGUUGAAAUCAACGACGGUGGCAUUGGUGGCCUUUCUUACGACAAUCCCAAUGCCAUGAUCACCACUCAAACCAUCCGCCUGGACACACUGCCCGCAUACAAUCGCCUUUUCCCUCAGUCUGCUGCUAUGGAGAAGCAACUCAAGAUCAAUACAGACCGUAAGGACGACAGAUCCAUCCUAGAACCUGAGGAUUUGGGUGUUGAAUAUGCCAAGGAGAUUGAAGCUGCAAGUGAUAAUGCAUCUGCCAAGAUUUCUGAAUCUCUGUUGUUCCGUCAACCUAUCCACUUUCUAAAGAUCGACGUUGAGGGUUUCGAACUCCCUGCUUUAAGAUCCGCUGCUAAACUGUUUGAAAAUCAACUUGUCGAGAACACUGUGCUCGAGUUUGGUCCUCCUAGUCGUUGGGAUGUUACAGUGCCUGGUGCCAAUCAUAUGGAUCUCAAGGAUGUGCGUGCAAAGACCAUGAAAGAGGCAAAGGAAGUACUGCAUCGUGCUGUGGAUGAGUGGGGUUUGGAUAUCAACCUGUUGCCUGCUGAAGGUUGGGAGAAGACUGUCAAGUUUAUGAUUGAUCAUGGCAUCGAUUUGAGUGAGGGAAAUCCAUCCAAGAACAAGGUGGUUCAACGCGUCAAUGCUUGGAAGUUUGAUGAUUUGCCUCUUGAUCACGACGAAUUCGAAAAGGAACUCGAGCUCAAGGAAAAUGUUGUCACCGAGUUCAUCCGACUUCCUGCUCGUCUCAUUGACGACUAUUUGGAAGCUUCUCAAGCUAUCGGUGAAAUGUACCUGUGGUUUACAAAGAAAGAUACAAAAAGCCCUGUUUUGCAGAAAAUCACUUGA